CCCUAAUACCGCUGUCCAUCUGUUCAUUCCCACAUCCUACAGUUCAUCAUCCUGCACUGGUGGCGGAGUGUCGCCGCGGCUGUUCCGCAGCUAAUCAUUGUCCCUCGCGGAGAUUUCCUUAGAUAUGUCCUCGUGGCUUACUGCAUGUGUGCGACAGACUGUAAUUAGGUAUUGCUACCACAUGUCCAGACUCCAGCCACUAGUUCUCAAACCCGACAGUCUACUAUUGAAGUAGCACGUGAGAUAAGUGAUUGAAUUCGCCGUUAGCGAUGUCGUUAACGAAAGGGAGCGACGGGCGUGCCGGCCGUCCACCAAACCGGCCGAGCAUGAAAAUCCUCCUUCCGUCAGACUCCUUCGUACUGAAACGUGCGGCUGCGGCGGCUGCGGCUGCAGCUGCUGCUGCGGCUGAGGCAGUUGACACGCACCUGGAAGUACCCCCGGAGUUCGUAUGCCCGCUGUCGUUACAACUCAUGUCCGAUCCAGCGAUCGUUGCAUCUGGGCAGACGUACGAACGGGCAGCCAUCCAGCGAUGGUUCGACGAAGGUCACCUAACCUGCCCGAAAACCGGAGAUCGACUGGAUCAUACCCACCUUCUAUCGAAUCAGGCUUUAAGGGAUUUGAUAUCUUCCUGGUGUGACAGAAACGGGGUCACUCCCGGUUUAGUCACAACUCUGGUUCCAGGAGCCGAUUUUGGGCCGUCGUCAGCCGGAAUAACCGCAAGUUCAGGGGGAGGCGAUGGCGGAAGCAGCAGUGCGCGUGGAAGGGGGAGCGGAUUCUGGUCGGAAGGCGGAAUGAGCGAGGACGAGGGGCGCAACAGCAGCGCCAGGGGCGCGCGGAACAGCGAGAGGCCUUUGGUGCGCUCCCCCAGGCCGCGGGGGGGCGGGAGCGCAAGCGCAACUCCGACGGGCAGAGGCGGAGCGCGGAUUCCCCCCUCGCCUAGAAACCCGGCGUUUGAUCUCCGCUCCCGCACCCCCCCGCCGGGGAAUUUUGCCGCGUUUGGGCGGGGUGGCGGAGCGGAAGGGGGAGGCGGGGUGUUGCGCGUUUCCAGUGCGGGGGAAGGGAUAGGCGCAAUUGUACCGAUGGAUAGCGCGCCCAAUUGGCGGAAGGGGCAUGGGGGGACGGAGUUAGGCUCAAGUGCGGGUCAAGGGGGGUUUGGCGGGGGGAGCGUGCGUCAAGGAGGGGGGCUUGGCGGAGGGGGGGGUGCGCGUAGCCAGGAUGGCGGAGUGGGCUUGCGCAGAACGCACUCUGUGGAAUCGAAGACCGCGAUACUGGACAUGUUCUUAUCGGAUGACGGGGAUGACAAUAUCGAGGACAGGCGAAGACUCACACCACUGCAGCAGCCUCGGCAGGGGCAUGGGGGAUUUAGUUUCGACCAAUCAGGAGCGACUUCGGGAGCAAGCAGGAGAACCGUUGGAUCAGAAUCUUGGAGCCCUUCCGAUGACCAGACAUUCGCGAAGCUUCGCCAACAGCAGCAGCAGCAACAGGGAGGAAGUGGUGGAGUUGGCAGCAGCGGCGGAGUUAGCAGUGGCGGCGGCGGCCUUGCCCGACCCGCCAUGAAGGGUAUGGCGCACGCGCUCUCCCCCAUGCGCGGAGGCCGCGCGGGGAACCCCAGGGCAGCGUUGGGGGGGGCGGGGGGAGGCUUGGGCGGAGGCCUAGGCGGCGCAACUGCUGGGGAGGGAUUGGGGGAAGGGCUCCGCCGAACCAUCUCCCUACAGCCCGGGGACGUGUCAUCCGCGCGCCAGCCAAUCACAGCCUUCCACGAUGUCCUAGAUAGUGUCUUACUGGAGAAGCAAGGCAGCGGGAGGGCAAGUGGGCGCGAGGGAGGGGGGAGUGCGCGCGCGGAUGUGCUAUCCGCGGGGGGGGAAGCUGGGGGAGCGGGCGGCAGCGGACGCGCAGGUUCCGCGCCGAUUAAGGAGAUUUCCAAAAGCCCGCUCAAUAGAAGCACAGCUCUUACCCCCUCACGUGCGGGACAACCGUCCCCCUCCGGACUUGCUACUAUCGGAUCUAUGGGGCCCGGUCUUAGCGGAGGGGGGAUUGGCGGAGGGGGGUUCGGCGGAGGGUUAAGAGCGGGGGUAGGUCGAAGCGGAGCGGAGGCGGAGAAUAGGGGUGGAAGCCCAGGCGGGGGUUUGGGCGGAGGCUUGGGCAGGGUUCGGGGGAGAGAGGGUCUGCUUCGGGGGGGUUCCUUGCAGCCUCAAAACCUGAGGCCCGGGAAAGGGGGCAUGGGGGAUGGGGGAACCGGGCAGAAUGAUUUUUUGGCUGCCCUAGAUAGUUUCCACGGGGAAGGGAAGGUCGGGUCAACUGGGGGCGACAAUUUAGGAAGAGUUAUGCGAGGAGGUGGAGGACGGUUGGGAGCGGUGGUGGGGAGUGGUGGGGGCAGCAACCCUGGCAGUUCUAGGGCGCAUACCCAGCAGGUGUCACAGAGAAAGCACCGAUCGUUUGAGUUUGAAUCGAGGGGGGCUCAUAACGAGGAUGACGAGUUCGAUAUUGGUACGGGCGCUAAAGAUGGGGGCCGUGGCAGCAGCUGCAUUGGUGGUAGACAACAAAGGAAGCCGAAAUCGUUUGAGUUUCAGAAGCGGGGCGCUUAUAAGGAGGACGACGAGUUUGAUUUCGAUACAAGCAGCAGUGGGAGGAACUCCGGGCGCAUUGGUGACAGCAGCAACAGCAGGCAGCAGGGGCAGGGGCAGGGGCAGGGGCAGGGAUCAGGGCUAGCCAUAUCCAGCGGCAUCAGGAUGGGAGGGGGAGGGGGAGGGGGAGGGGGAGCGGGAGCAGGAGGAGCGAGAGGAGGGGGAGGCGGGAUGGGAGGGAUGGGUGCUCCAAUGAACAUGGCAGCAGGGUUUGGAAAGGCCAUAGGGGGAGGGCUCCGGAAAGCAGGAGCAACAGUAGGGGACGGACUACGCAGAGUGUCCACUGUAGCUCCUGCUUCGUCUGAUGAUCCGUUAGGGCAGUCGUUUCACGAGGUGGUGAAGCAGCUUAAAGCGGGGAUGGGUAAGGUGGUGCAUGGGGGGCAGCAGGUGCAGCAGCAGGUGCAGGGGCGGCUUCGUGGGGCGGCUGCUGCUGCUGCUGCUGCUGCUGGUGGCAUUAAUACUGUUACUGCUGCUGCUGGGGGUGGUGGUGGGAGGCAUAGAUCGCGAUCCGACGGUGUGGAUUUCAGCGAGAGCGACAUCGACGGCCCAGGAGGCGCAGCGGCUGCGUUUAGGGAUACCCACAGGGCUACUGAGCCGGGUGCACUACCGAACAGGUCUUCUACCACCGGGUCUGCUGUUAACGGAUCUGCUACUAACGGGUCUCCCAACAAGCCAGCAGUAGUGCACAAAUCCAGCAGCACCGGUGGCUCUACAGUGGAGCUCAUAGGCCUAGCCAGCACCUACCCCCCUCGUGGUGCCACAGCCGGCGCUACAGCCGGCGCUACAGCAGGCUCUGCACUGCCAGCAGCAGGGCUAGAGCCCUCGGUUCAAAAAGCAAUUGCUGCAGAGGUGUCCGCACAAGAGCGCACCUCCCGGCUAUUCCUGGGGCCCUUAAGCCCUGGCAGCAGCAGUGACAGCAGCAGCGGAUUCAGCAGCGGAGGCGGCCUAGAGUUCCCCAGCCCCAGGGUACCAGGAGGGGGGGGAGGCGGAGGGGGAGGGGCAGGGGGAGGGGGGACGAGCGGAAGCAGUGGGUCGCUGGAGGUGAGAAGCCCCAGGGGGAUUGUUUUCCUUGAUAUUCGCAGUCCCCGUGCUGGUGGUGGUGCAGGGGGGUUUGGAGAAGGGGUUAGGAAGGGGAGGGUGAGAGGAGGAGGGUCUGGAGGGAGUGGAGUGGGGCCGGGCUCGAGAGGGGUGGGGGGAGGGGCGGAAGGGGGAGGGGGCGGGCUGGGGAGAAAAACAGGGAGCAGAGGGGGGAGGGAUCGGUGGCCCAUGAGCCCUCUAGGGGGUGCUUCCCUGGACUGGAUGAGGAGAAAGGACCACCCAGACUCCCCCCAGCGCUCCCAGCAGCAGCAGCAGCAGCAGCAGCAGCAGCAGCAGGGCAGGCAGGCACAAGCAGAAGGGCGUAGCACAGAGAAGGAAGACGGGGUUGCAGUGGGGAAUGCUGCUAUGGCCUCUGAUGCAACAGAUACAGUAGAGGAUCACCUUCUAGAGGAGAUCCGUGACUUGCUGACCACUCUUCGCUCCUCCUCUUCCUCUGCUUCUUCCUCCUCUGCCUCCUCCUCUUCCUCCUCCAAACCCUCCUCUUCCUCUGACAGGCAGCUAAGAGAUGCAUUAUCAUCCCUCCGAUCCCUCCUUCGGAAGCAACCCCCAGCGAAAGAACUCACGGUGGAGUGCGGCGGAGUGCCGCUCAUAGUUGAUCUCCUCUCGGGCCCGGACUUAAAGACACAGGAGCAUGCGGUCUCGUGCCUGCUGCUAGUGUCUCUAGUCAAAGGCGUGGCUGGGGAGAUAGCAGUGUGCAACGGGGUUCAGCUGCUAGUAAAUCUGCUUCGCAGCGGCACUGUAGCUUCGAAAGAAGGCGCAGCAGCGGCUCUGUUCACUCUGUCUGUUAGCGAGUCACUUCUUAUUGAGGUCAGGGAGAGCGGCGCGGUGCCGUUACUACUGGAUGUGCUUAAAACGGGGUCAACCAGAGGGAGGAAAGACUCUGCCCUUGUGUUAUUUAACGUUUCGAGGGACCCUCAAGGAGCCUUGGAGUUGGUUGAGGCAGGAGCGGUGGAGGUGCUUUUAGAGGUGCUUGCUUAUAAGGAGUCGGGACUCGAGGAGAAAGCAAUGGCUGUUCUGGCGAAUAUUUGUCGGUUGAAAGAGGGCCGGGCGCGGCUGGUAGCAGUGGAGGGACGAGGGUGGACUAGUGGUGGUGACGCUACCAGUGGUAACAACUGCAGUGCUGCUAGUGGGGGUGGUGGUAGUGCAAAUGGUGGAAACGGUGGAAAUGGUGGCAGUGCGGUGAGGAGCGGUGGUGGUGUUGGUGAUGCAAUUGGGGUGUUGGUCGAUGUUGUGGCGAAGGGCUCGCCUAGAGCACAGGAGGAUGCAAUUAUGACACUGCUGCUGCUGGCCACUGGCGGGCAUCUGAGAGGUUCAGGAGAGGGGGAUGGGGGAGAUGGGCAUGGGGAGGAUGGGGAGCAGUUGGGGAGGAGGAUGGUUGAGGAAGGGGUUUUGCCAGCUUUGAUGGGUUUGUUACAGAGUGAGGCUUGCUCGGGACGAGCGAAGGCGAAAGCCCAAGCGCUGGUCGAUGUUUUGGAGGGCACGGAGGAUGCCAGUGGUUGAGUAUUGCAUUCCAUUUGUGCAAUAGAUCAUGUUCUCCACUCCGAGUCUCCGACUGGCUUUAGUACUAUUUGCUAUUUAUGAUUCAUGCAAGGCCUCUGUUGUUAUCAUGAAAAUUGAGACGCUUGUAUGGU